ACUUUUUUGGGCUCGGAUUUGGCGAAAGGAAUGAGAGGAAGAUAUGGAAUACGUAUCAUGGCUGAACCCCACAAAACGACUUGCGACUUAUCCAACACAGAUCGAUCUCUCCCCGCCAAGCUUCUUCCCUUCCCUACUUUUCCCCUCUGCUUGGUCCUAAAUUCUCCCACUCUGUUCUCUUCUUCAAGAAUUACACACUCUAAACUAUGGAACUAGCUUGGAAAACCAUUUGCUUGCCUCGGGAUGAAGUUCUGGGCGUCUCCUACACUGGAUCAGGAUUUGCAAAUGGUGAAAUAACCUACGGGAGAAGGGCCAAGGGGCGCCAUUUUCGCGGUUUACUUGUGAUGAUGAGAAUUUCACAGCAUAGCAGGAAUCCUGGACACUUUCAUUUGGCAAGGUCUUGUAGAUUGGAUACCGAAGUGGUAGUUAAUGGCACAAAUCAGCUGCUCCAAUGGAGAAAGAAGCUCGCUUCAUGUUCUAGUAGCACCAGUACGACCAUACUCAAGGUGAAACAGAUACUAUCAAAUGUCUCGAAACGACAGUACUUGGAAGUCUUGGGAAUAUUAGCGUUUUCAUUGUUGGUCAUUCCAUCUUCAGCGGAGGCAGUCGAUGCUCUCAAAACUUGUGCUUGCUUGUUGAAGGAGUGCAGGCCAGAAUUUGCCAAGUGCAUCUCGAAUCCCUCAUGCGCCGCCAAUAUUGCUUGCCUUCAGACCUGCAAUAACCGGCCCGAUGAAACUGAAUGCCAGAUCAAAUGUGGGGACCUGUUUGCAAACAGUGUUGUGGAUGAGUUCAACGAGUGUGCAGUCUCUCGAAAGAAGUGUGUGCCUCAGAAAUCUGAUGUUGGAGACUUUCCUGUCCCUGAUCCGGCAGUGCUUGUCAAGAACUUUAACAUUUCUGACUUCACAGGGAAAUGGUUCAUCACCAGUGGUCUAAACCCUAGCUUUGAUGUUUUUGAUUGCCAAUUGCAUGAGUUUCAUACCGAAGGCGACAGACUUGUGGGGAACAUAUCAUGGAGAAUAGGGUACCCAGAUGGAAGCUUUAUUACCCGGAAUGCAGAGCAGAGGUUUUCGCAAGAUCCAAUGCAGCCCGGUGCACUCUACAACCAUGACAAUGAGUACCUUCACUAUCAAGAUGACUGGUAUAUCCUCUCUUCAAAGAUUGAGCAGAAAGCUGAUGACUACGUAUUCGUGUACUAUCGGGGAAGGAACGAUGCAUGGGAUGGCUAUGGAGGUGCUGUUGUCUACACAAGGAGUGCAGUCUUACCAGAAAGCAUUGUACCAGAGCUCGAGAGAGCAGCUAAGAGUGUUGGACGAGACUUCAGCAAAUUCAUUAAAACCAACAACACCUGCGGUCCCGAGCCUGCCCUUGUUGAGAGAUUGGAAAAGACAGUUGAAGAAGGAGAAAAGACCAUCAUAAGAGAGGUUGAAGAAAUAGAAGAACAAGUCCUGGAGGCCGAAAAGACCGAGCAGACUUUAUUCCAGAGAUUGGCAGAGGGGUUUAAAGAGCUCCAGCAGGAUGAAGAAUACUUCUUGAGAGAGCUAAGUAAAGAGGAGAUGGAUUUAUUGAAUGGGCUCAAAAUGGAAGCCAGUGAACUGGAGAAACUCUUUGGAGGUGCUCUGCCAUUGAGGAAGUUGAGAUAGUAGUUCUCACAUUCAUUUUCUAUAUUCAUCCCCCACAAGCCUCCAUAGUUCAUACUAUAUUCACAUUUCUUCGAUUCACUAGGAAGCAUCCUAAGGAGGCUCGCUGUCCAUUGGACAGGGAAGUGUAUGUACAAGUCAUCAAACUUUUCAUCUUAA